CUACAUUUAGCUAACUGCUGCUUCUCAUGCUAAGCUAUCAAACAGGUUGUUCAUGAUUAACGGAGUGAAGGUUUCAUCGUGAGGCGGACUUUGACAACACUCUGAGACUCAUGUGGAAACACGAAUAUGUGACAGCAUCCAAAAAACCCUGACAAUGGAGAAGGAGAGCAACCCGACAUUUGCUGCUGUUUCUCCUCGGGCUUUGGGUCCUAAACACCAGAUGAAACGAAUGAGUCGGACUCCUGAUACUUCCUCAGCUGCAGCUCCUCCCCUAAUCUUACCAAAUCCUUAUGUGUCCAACCUCACUUCUGCAAGGAAUUGGACAGAUCUGAGCCAAAAAAAAGCAGGAAAGGGGGAAGAUGCUUCGAGAAGUCAGGGCUUCAGCAGCAGACGUCCUGUUAAAGAGGCCAGUGACAGAGAUAAGCCUAUUUGGGAUCCACAGUUUAAGGCUUUAAAAAGCAGCAAUGAACCACAAGGCAGACACGGGGGCAAAAACUCAAUGGAUGCACAGAAAAAAGGUGUCAGACAUGCCAGGUCCGCCCCAGCCUCUGGAAGGAACUCCACACCAGCGCAGGCAGAUUUUGUCCCGUUUGAAGUCAAGAUGGUGGAUUUUCCAGAGUUAGCCAGCGAUUUGCAGAAAACAGCGUCCUGUGCUGGAGUGCCAAAAGACCGCUGGGGUCCAAGUCCUCACUGCACAAAUCCACAAACUGAGAGGACUUCCUGGAGGGCUGGCAGAAAUGAGGCUCCAUCAGAGCUUGGCUCCUUGCACAACACCAGCCCUCUUAACCCAGCAGAUCAGCCAGUGAUCACAUCAUGGGCCAACAUUGCCUCUCAGCCCCCCAAGAAACCAGAUGUUACAGACAGGAAAACAAACCACAGUGACUUGCAGACAAAAGACAUCACUGCCCCUAAAGAGGAGGGAACUGCAGGAAAGAAAAAGCGAAAGCGGAAAAAGAAAUCCAAAAGCAACGCUGAAGAUGCAGAACCAGAUUUAGAGAGCCCGUUUCAUUAUGAGCCUCCAAAGCUUGAGGAUGCAGAAGAAUUUCCUGACUUGGCACUGGGUUUAACUGGGGUUGAAAAAUUAUCAACCAGCAGCAGAGCAAAGCUAUGCAAUGAGAAAGCAGAGAAAGUGUCGGGGAAAAAAAGCAAGGCCCCAGUCCAGCUGGACAUCGGUAACAUGUUGGCCGUCUUGGAAAAAAAGCAACAGACUCAAAAAUCGAAGCAGGACACGAAGCCGGUCAUUCUCUCUGUUGGUGGAGGACUACCAGUGGUCCAGAAGCAGACGACGGCUGUCAAAAAAUCACCCUGGCAACAGGAUAAAAUCGCACACAAUCCACUGGACUCUACCAGCCCUUUAGUUAAAAAAGGAAAGCAAAGAGAAGUGCCUAAAGCCAAGAAGCCUACUCCACUGAAGAAGGUCAUUUUAAAAGAAAGGGAAGAGAGAAAACAGAGACGUCUGCUAGAGGAGAGAGGACUGCUGCCUGAAAAUGAUUCUGAAGUUGCUAACGAUGCUACAGAGGAGCAGAACGACUCAAAUGACCCAGAAGAGAUUCAGAGUUUCUCACAAGAAUUUGAUGAACAGCUGAAUUUAAACGGUACAAACCCUGAAACACAAGAGGCCGAUGAAGACACAGAAAAAGAUGCUGGUAACCAGCAAGACCUCAGCGCCUCUGAGCCCCAACAGACCAACGUUCCCAAAAUUCACAGCAGGAAGUUUAGAGACUACUGCAGCCAGAUGUUGAGGAAAGAUCUGGACGAGUGCGUGACAUUGCUUCUGAAGGAGCUGGUCCGCUUCCAGGAUCGGCUGUACCAGAAGGAUCCCAUGAAGGCCCGAAUGAAGAGGCGGAUUGUGAUGGGCCUUCGAGAGGUCCUGAAACACCUCAAACUAAAGAAGGUCAAGUGUGUCAUCAUCUCGCCAAACUGUGAACGCAUCCAGUCGAAAGGUGGACUGGAUGAGGUUCUGCACACGAUCAUCAACAUGUGUCGCGAGCAGGGUGUGCCGUUCGUAUUCGCACUUUCCAGGAAAGCGUUGGGCCGCUGUGUCAACAAGGCUGUACCCGUCAGCCUCGUGGGCAUCUUCAACUACGACGGUGCACAGGACUUUUAUCACAAGAUGAUUGAAUUGUCAUCUGAGGCUAGGAGAGCCUACGAAGUGAUGCUGACCAGCCUGGAAACGGAGGAUGAUGCAAAUGCAGAGCAAAUAAACAGCCUGUCUGAGGAGUCCGAGCCUGGACCUGACACCGGGUGGUCAGAGAAACCUCAGUACUUUAAAUUGUGGGAGAAGAUUCUGGAGGAUGAAAGCAGCCGUGCUUUCCUGAGCCAUGCGGAGCAGCUCCUGGACAGUGAAUGUACAGAAAUCCCUGAAGAAGAGAGGAGUUGACUGCAGCGAAUGUUUCCUCGGCUAUAAAAGAAGAAAAAAAAAAUAUUUAGGGGCUACACCCAGACAAGACCUUAGUUUGGUUUUCUUUUUUUGUGUGUGUGUGAUUUAUGAAUUCCAUGAACUCUUUCAGGGAUGGAAGCAGGUAUAAAGCCUCACACUAUGAACUUUGACCCAUCAUGACUGUGACCAUUCAUGCAGAAUGUGUAGGAUGUGUUUUGUUUUUUGUUUUUGAGUAUUUUUUGUAUUGAUGAUACAGCAUUAUAUUGCAAAGCAAUCAUUUUCACAUAAUGGCUAUAUUUGAUUUUUGGAUGAGUUGUAGGAACUGAAAGGGUUACCUCUAAUUAGAAAUAAGUAAACAUGGCUAUGAACUAGUUAUUAAUUAAGCUGGUGAGUUGUUAAAGUGAGCAGUGCCUUCUAAACCAGGGGGUUGUGCAGUAGGGCAUAAAAAGUAUCUACUACGGUAACUGAUUUGUAAAGUUUAAACAUCUUAAAUAACAGGUUUAUAAAUUGUUUAUAGGUCAGUGGAAAGUUUUGUUUUGUAAAGAGGAGACAAUGGAUGUGAUUCAAAACCAGAAGAAUAACCCUGUGAAAACAUGGAGAAAAGUCUGCAAAGGAGCUGUAUGGUCAGCAAUGUCUCUAAAUGAUGUUACUUUAAAAUUUAUUUAUCAACAUCUAUAGGUUCCUCAUUCAGUAUUAGUUUAGAAUUUCAUUACAUUGAAAUACCGUCCUUAUUGCUCUUAUUCCAAAAGAAAUUUCUGUUCAAAGAAUGAGGAUAUUGAUUCUGUCUUGCUGAGAUCUGUUUGCACGGAUCCUCCUCCUAAAGUUUUAGUUUUUGCAGACCGUCUAUGCAACACAUGAAUUAGUUUGGCUCUUGGUAUCAAGCUUUGAACAGCAAGCCAGCAUAUUCACACAGCUCCUUUUAUACUGGCUGAAACCUCUUUGAAAACUACAGAAUGGCUCCAGAAACCUGCAUAAUCCAUUUCUGUUUUUCUUUAUUUUGCGAUCAUAUGGUGAAGCCCACAGCAUCACUUCUUCUCUCCUGUACCUAAUACCGGAUUGUUUGUAGCUGGAAAUGAUUGUAAUCUCACUUGACCAAAGAGCACAAAUCCACCUUAAGUCUUAUGUUUAUAUUUUAAGCAUUGGGCAGAAAAGGGAUUUUAUUCCCUCAAAUGUUUCCAAACAGCUUGGCUUGCUUUGUUAGUUGUUACAGAGACCUGGUGUCCCAAAGCGCAUCACUUAAGCCUUCCCCCUCUUUGUAACUACGACAUUUACAUAUGAGUUCUUGUCCAGCUACUUUCAGUCCCAUUUUGGCUAAAUCUACUUUUUAUUUACUAAUCUGAUCACUGAUUAGCCGGUGUAGGCGGGAAUCAGAUUUCUCGUAGCUGAUUCCUGGUUUAUUAAGUUUGCAUAUGAUCUUGUAUCUUUUCCCACUCUUACAGGUGGGUGCGAGGUGUAUGCUUCUGCAUGAUGUCAUCUAAACCUCAGGUUAAGAGUAUUUAUAGGUUAGUAAAGUUAUUUCAUAGGAAUCAUUGGCAGAGGAUUUAAAGACAUAUUUUUCUUUUUUCCUUUUUUCGCUUAGUAAUAGCUGAACAGGUUUACAGUUUUGGUUUACACUCCUUUUUUUCCCCCCAAGGGCCGUUAAGCAAAGAUCGUGUAUGAUUUCUUAACAAAAAAGAUCACAUUACUUUUUUCACCAAGAUGUUAAAUCUUUUUUUUUUUUAUGUUUGAAAAUCAAGGAUAAAGCCCUAUUGUGUAAAAUAAAACUUUUUGUUUUUAGAAAUAUAGAUAAUUUUUAAAAUUAAAAUUGUGAAUAAAAAUUUCACCUGAUAAUCUUCUAAUAUAGAAAAAUAAUAUUAAGAAAACAAGUAUUGAGAUGAUAGUGUUAAAAGAGGGUAAGUUAGUGUAACCUUGGGUUAUAAUUGAUAAUCAUGAUCAAAUAUGCAAUUAUGUUACUAUUAAUAACUUAGAGGAAAAAUUACAAAUAUAAGAGGAUAAUAACUGAAAAAUGUAUUUACAAAUUAGAAUUACAACAGAAUAAAAGGUCAUUACUGUUUAGAAUGAAUUUAGUUUGGGAUUUUUCUCACGUCUUCUAUACAGCGGAAUAGAGGGAGGGGUAUAAUAACCCAGAUAUCUGCAAAACAUGAUUUUUAUUAGGGAAAAUACUUCAUUCACAUUCCUCCUGUUUACAAACCUGGAGUUAUUCUUCUGAAGUCUUGAGUAAAAAUCUUAACCAGACCUCUGUUUCCUUUUGUUGCUUGGUGUUUGGGUUAGUUUCUUAGCCGUUGGUAGAAAACCUUUAGAGAUCACUUCUUAUCUUUGAUAUUUUACCGUCGGUAACUGAUGCCACAUUGAUGAAUAUUUUUUGACCUAAGAAAGAACAUGUUGGUAAGAUUGAGACAAAAGGACUUAAUUCCAUAUUUACUCUUUCAUUAAAGUUUUUAUUUCAUCUCAUAAAAUUGGAGUAAGAUUAUAAAGCGUCAGACUUUAAGUUGGGAAACAGCCUCUCAUCUGGUUAAAAAGCAUGUUGGGAUCUACUCUAACAUGAGAACAAUGAUGUUUAGCUGUGUCUAAUGGACAAUAUUUGUUUGAAUGAUUUUUUAUUUCAAAGGACUUUACCACAAACUGCUAACUUGAAAUGUUAGAAACAAAAGUUAUGGACAAUCUAAUUCUAGUAAUUGCAAAAUAAUUUACAUUCAGUUAGCUGGAGUUAAAGCUGUGCUCAAGGACAUAUCGGCAGAGAUUAAAACCAAGUUCCUGCUGCUGAGAGGUGACUGUAAUUAUGGAAUCUUUGGCCAAUCAUUGGGGGGGAAAAAACAAACUUUUAAUCAAUUUGCUCCCAAAGUGUCUGCAUUAUGAAAAUCUAUUUAAAUACUAAAUUACAGUAGCCUUUCUGCUUAAGAAAGGUAUUCUGCAUAUGAUUUUAUUUCCUCUGAUAAUACUCCAAGGAAGAGCAUCUUCCUACACUUUCUAAAAGCUAAAUAAACGUGUCUGUGGUGAGUUUAUAUGGUUCAAGCUGCUAAAAUAGGAUUUAGAUGCAAUAUUCCUUGAUUAAUCUUUCUUCACUGAUGACAUGUAUUUCUAUAAAUACUGUUUUGGAUACACCUUAGAGUUGAUUAUUUCAGGUGACAGAGCCGAGGUUUGUCUUGAAUAAAGAAUGUGUAU